AUCGGUUUUCAAUCGCCUCAGUUUUGAUUUGGUAAGCCUUGGUGUCACUUCAUUAAUAAGUGAUUACUACAGUGAAGUAUGGGUAACAAGGAAAAACUUUUAUCGGACCAUUCAGUAGAAACUAGAAAUGCUACCGCAAUGGAGGUCAAUGGAAAGCUACCCUGGUACUUAGCAGGUGGAUUCCUGCUGUUCUGGGGACUCCUCUUUUUCGCCAUUGUUAUACCACUUUUCUAUCGACUACCAACGGCAAUGACAAUGGAGGACGCAAACAAAAAUGUGUUCAUUGCGGAACGUGCUUACAAAAAUCUGUAUACUUUAUCUAAUAUUGGUACCAAGUUGACUGGCAGUACGGAAAAUGAGAUUGAGGCAGUAAAUUUUAUAAUGAAAGAGGUCUCACAGAUUCAGAACGAUUGUCUGGAUGAGUAUUUUGAUUUGGAAAUUGAUUUAUCACAAUUCUCUGGUGGAUUCCAAUUUAACACAAAAAUUUCAAUGUAUCAAGGGAUUCAAAAUAUUGUGGUUAAAAUAUCUCCCAAGAACAGCACCAGUGAGACUUACCUUCUGGUCAACAGUCACUUUGAUUCCAAGCCAGCUACUCCGUCUGCGGGUGAUGCCGGAUUUAUGAUUGUCACGAUGUUGGAAGUUUUACGGGUUAUUGCAACAACGAAGCAACCCAUUGAACAUCCAAUUGUAUUUCUGUUUAAUGGAUGUGAGGAAGUGGGACUAUUGGCUUCUCAUGCGUUUAUCACACAGCACAAAUGGGCACCCUUCUGCAAAGCAGUGGUUAAUCUUGAUGCUGCUGGAAGCGGAGGCCGCGAUGUUCUAUUUCAAACUGGUCCAAAUCAUCCAUGGCUUGUAGCUUACUACAAAAAAUACAUCAAACAUCCUUUCGCUACAACCAUGGCUGAGGAAAUAUUCCAAUCGGGUGUUAUACCCUCGGAUACAGACUUCCGACAGUUUAGGACGUAUGGAAAAAUUCCAGGCUUGGACAUGGCCCAGUGUUUUAAUGGCUUCGUAUAUCAUACUAAGUACGACACCAUCGACGUUAUUCCUCGUGAAUCCCUUCAGAAUACUGGUGAUAAUGUCCUUAGUCUGGUUCGAGGAUUGGCCAAUGCAACAGAAUUGUAUAAUACUGAGGACCACAAGACUGGACACGCUAUCUACUUUGAUUUUCUGGGUCUCUACUUUUUUCACUAUUCAGAGGCCACUGGAAAGUCCUUGAACUAUGGUGUUGCUGGAGCUGCUUUCAUCUUAAUCUUAAUUUCAAUCUGGCGAAUGGCAGAUGCUUCCCAAGUUUCAAUAUGUCACGUGAUCCGUUGGUUCAUCCUGGUUAUGGUGGCUCAAAUCAUUUCUUUUGUACUUGGAUUAGCUCUUCCAAUUGUGGUCGCUUACGGAAUGGAUUCCAUCGGACUGUCGCUGACAUACUAUAGCACACCUAUGCUGAUAGUAGGGUUGUAUGUGUGUCCCUCACUUAUUGGCCUGAGUUUACCCAUAACUAUCUACUACAGUCUUCAGCGUAACGAUAAAAUCUCAACUUCGUAUCAUCUCCAACUGGCACUACAUAGUCAGGCUGUAAUCCUGGCUCUUCUAGCCGUCAGUGUUACAGUUUCCGGCUUCCGUUCAUCAUAUAUUUUUGUAAUUCCGCUUCUGUUCUACGUUAUAUCGUUGACUCUUAACCUGAUGACCAUUUUUCAUGACCUUGGAUAUGCCUGGACAGGUUUUUUAAAAGUUAGUCAGAUUAUUCCAUUCCUUUACAGCAGCUACCUUGUGUAUAUAUUCAUUGUGGUGCUGACACCGAUGGGAGGUCGUGCAGGAAGUGCUUCCAAUCGGGAUUUAUAUAUUGCAGUCUUGGCAGCCGUAGGAACAGUUCUCUCCUGUGGCUUCUUGGUACCGCUGAUAAUAACUUUCCGUCGACCAAGCCUUGUGGUAUUCUUCCUCUUGACUGCCACAGCCCUCUCUUUAUUCUUGGCCAGCAGCACACAAUUGGGAUUCCCUUAUCGUGCAAAGACGAGUGGACAGCGAGUUGCAUACCUGCAUGUGCGAAAUAAGUUCUACGAAUACGAUGGGACUCUUAGUAAGGACGAGUCUGGAUAUCUGUUUAAUUUUCAAGACCGCCGUGAAGAAACAACUUUUGUGGUUAACUUGACUGGCUUGGUCAGUAUGAAAUCACGUUGCGAAAAGUACAUGAUGUGUGGAAUGCCGUUGCAUGAUUAUGGCUACGUUCAAAACCGUCUAAACACCAAAUGGCUGGCACGAUCGGAACCCAUUGUACCUCCAGGUCCAACCAAAUUGGAGUUGCUUAGCAAAACAAUUGUGAAUUCUACCACUUGUCGUUUCGAGUUCAAUUUAACAGGUCCUCCCCACAUGAGUUUGUUUAUUCAACCCUACGAUGAUGUGGUAAUAAGUAACUGGUCCUUCCUAAAGAGUUAUCUGGAUAAUCCACCAACAGAAGCUUUUCGCAUAACCAUUACAUAUGGUAUAGACGACUCAUCAGUGAACUUCUUUUUUGAAGUAUCGAAAUCAAACGGCGAUUUCAAUGUACCUUUAUUUCAACUGGGAGUGUCAGCACAGUACAUUAUGAGUGAGGGAGAUGCUCAAAGUAAAAAGUUAGCAUCAUCAUUCCCCUCUUAUUCAAUUCUGAACGAGUGGCCUGCCCUAUACCAAAGAUACAUAUUUUAGCACUAAUUAAAUGUUGCAAUUGACCUGUUACUGUAAUGAAUAUACAUUCAUUAUUUGAAGUCUACUAUGUAUGGUUCCAUUGAUGUAAAUAAAAAAAUAAAUAAAUCACAAAUUGUUUGAGA